AUGGGUCCCGGCCGGCCCAAAGGCUCCGUGGAGCACAAGCUCACCGAUGCUGAAUUGCUUAUGGUCCUGGACAACGUUGUGAUUCCGGAGGAGAUCCUGCUGAAAAUGAAGGUCGAUCUUCCAGACCUCUUCGGUCACGCUGCCACCGUGCAAGAGACGUCCACGGGCUCGAGAACUAAGUCGGCUUGCGUCCGGGAGAUGGCGAAAAACUUCCAUUGGUUGCUGAAGCCCCUUUUGCAAGUGUGCGCACGACCCGUGCACACAGACAGCUUGAUGGUAAUUGUUACCAAUAUGUGCGAGCAAACGAUAUACCUCGAUGCAGCAGUGGCCACGAUGCUGGCCAUGGACCUGAAAUGGAUCAUGAACAGCCUCAGGAAGAUCCGCAAAACUUGGAAGUAUUGCAUGAGGGGAAAGGCCGGUGACUGGCCCGAAUGGGCCGGCGAGAAUUGGCCGCAUGUGCUAGAGCUGGUCCAGUUGAUGGCAGGUUUUGAGAAUGAGGAGGAUGAUUUGGCGGCAAGCUGGAACCUCGCCGAGGCUUCUGGCGAGGAUGACAUUUCCGAGUUGUGUGGCCUCUGGAAUAUGGGACCCGCCGAAGUCCUUUCUGACCUUCGUGACGCGCAGAUUUCGAUCGAGGACAGCGAUGAAGACCGUGCUCCCGCCGCAUCCGCCUCUUCCAGGGCACGCCAACCUGCAUCUGAACCUGAUGCUGUGGCUCCUGAUGCUCGCGAGACAGCCAUCAAUGCUGCAGAGGAUAUUGCAUAUAACGCACGACCCGACUUCGUGCAUGAUGUUGCUGCCGUCUUGAAGGAAGAGCCUCGGCUAUAG